AUGCUUGGAUGCUGCGGUGGAUAUCCAGGGCUCAUUAUGUAAGUCCCUCUCCGUUAACAAUCGGUGCACUGAAUGCCUUGUUUCUUCUCAUCCUCGACGAAGAUUUGAGAGAAAUUUGUAAAGCUAAGUAAAAUACUUCAAAGCUAAGGCCUUUACUCUCAGUGUUGAAAAUUUGAGAUAUUAGCAAUACGCUGUAAAUUUACCAAACUUUUUGAACGUUUCCUACAAAGUGUUUCAAAACUGAAACUGGUGUCAGUUAUGGACGGCACCAUUUUGUCUGCAUAAGAUUAUUUAGGCGAUGCGUUGCUACUAAAAAAUUCUUACUAUUUCAAGAAAAGUUAAUUAAAACACAGUAACGUUAACUUGUUAUUUUAUACAUAUCGGUGCAUCAUUGGAGCCCGUCUCAUGAAGUUCACUAACUUUACUUAACAGUUUAAGCUCUAAAUUUAUAAAUUGGUCUUCUUUUUUAGACCGUUCAACUUUCUUAGAGGGUUUAGAAACAGAUUUACCAUUGCUGCUACAUUUGGAGCUACUGCAAGUACAUGCCUGGAACUUUUCACUAAGGGACAAACUUUGUUUGAUAUUUUGGGUGAUACGCCUUGGUUGAGAGGUAACUAUUAUUUGCUAUGUCCCUCUACGACCUGUAGCCUUUGUGUUAUACACACAGGCAACUAAUUAUUAAUUAUUAAUCAUCAUGACUUAUUAUCAAGUUUUUUCACAUUUGUGUCCAGUUUUUCAGGGACUUCUUGCAGUACUUAUCUAUGGAAUAUUGUUCUAUCCAUUAUUCGCCUGCCUAACAACUGAUAAUAAGCUGUUGGGAUCAAUUCUGGGGUUCCUUUACGGUGCUGUCAGGUUAGCAAAAAUCAUUGGUAAUAAUCUGAACAAUUGCAAUGUGCGAUCGAGAAGUACUGUCAUGUAACGCAAACAUCUCGCGUGCGCUUACCUUUUUUUAUCUAAUUUGGAAAACUGCCGUUCUGUUAUUUUCACACUACUUCCAUGCAAGUGCAAAAUUCAGAAUUGGCUAGUUACGUCUUCAUAAUCUAUGGAUGUGUUGCAUGUUUAUCAUUUCCAGAUGACUUCUUUUUUGAUAGCCUGCCAAUAAAGCAGUAUGCCUUUAGCUGCUCAUUCGACAAGAAUUGUGUAUCAAUUGCAGCCACAUAAGCGUUCAAUCCUCGACAAAGUGUUUUUUGUGGGUGUCAAAGAGUUUCUCACCAAAAAUCAUCACCGUACAACUAUAUAUUUGACGUCGGCAGAAAUUUUCUUUCGUAUGAUGUGAUCCAGUCAACUCCCGUUGAGGGACCAAAGUAAAGGGAAAUGUUGAAAAACUGAAAAGGGAGAAAAGCUAUCUAUUCUUCAUAACUCCACAAUAACCUUUUUUGUAAUGGUAAAGGCACCAAGCAAUGACUUUACAUGAAACAGCAAUAUCCUUGUGAUAUAGCCCCCUAAAUUACGUGAUGUUACACGAGUACGAUUCGCAACGACGAUUUUUAGCGCAACACAACGUUGCAAUGUUGGAACAAUGUUGUAACUAUUCAAAACAAUGUGUCGCAACAAUGUUGCAAUGCCGUGUUGCGCUAAAAAUCGUUGUUGCGAAUCGUCUCGUGUGACAUCGCCUUUAAUUCGUCCCGUUCCUACCGAUAAGAGAUCGUGAGAGGAUUUGAUUUUCUUGUUCCUAUGUAAUAACUAAACCUUUUACAGAGAAAACUCGAAAAACUUAGAGUCAAUUUGUGGUUCAGCAAAUUUACGUUUUGUGUUUGUCUUCCUUUUCUGUUUACAGGUUCAGUGUCAAACUUGCAACUGAAUUCCAGUGCGCAAAUGAUAAUGAUGGCGAUGUGAGUUGUAUUUGAAAAGUGCCUUUCACUCUCGUAUUUUCUUUUGGCACUGUAUUUGUUUGUAUGAAUGACCGUUGAGAGAAUAUACUGAAUAAUUAAUAAGGACUAGGAUGUUUCGGCUUCUCUUAAGGGGGUUAUCAGCCAACUGUUUUGCAAUAACUGAGCGCUUUCUCGCGCGCUGAUUGGUCGAGAGCUAUCGAUAAGAGUACAGAUCAUGAAAAUGACGUGAUUGUGGCGCAAUUUGUUUUUAUUAGUCUAUCCUUCAAAUAGUAUCAAUGUCAUUGUUUAAACAAAUCAACAACAAUUUUCCAUGGUCCGGUACUCGUACUGACCAUAGAAAUGACGUCAAAAUGUUUAAAACGCUGCUUUGAAACCACUUGUCCGCGGUUCGUGGUGCCAUUUUGGUACAGAUCAUGGGAAAUUGUUGUCAAUUUGUCAAAAGGGCUAUUUUUCUAAGGCAUGACUUUCAUUAAGACUUUAGCUCGCAGUUUGGAAAGGAGAGCUAGGCAGUAGCGAAACAGAACACAGAAGGAAAGAAAAUUCAAGAAAAAUUGCAAAUUAAUGGUCAGAUGUAAUAUCAAAUAAUUAAAAAUUCUCAUUUGCUGAGGCCAUGCCAAGCGUAACUUUCAAGAAUUUUUUGGUGUCAAAGAAGAUUUCUUUGCAAUGUA